CUGAAAAUUUAACACAUGUUGCAAUUUUAUUAUCAAAUUGAACAAAGCCUACCGGACUAUUGAGUUUGAAAACAGUAUAGGAAAACCUGGUAGUGCAGGAAGUGUCAUUAGUUUGCUGUAUUCUACAUCUUUUUUUUUUUUAGCUCCUUAUACAGAGAUGUCAGCAUGCAGCAUCCUCACUUCACUGCCAGAGGAACAUUUCCGCUGUUCGCUCUGUCUGGACCUCUUCACUGAACCCGUCACCACACCAUGCGGUCAUAACUUCUGCAGAACCUGCCUCAGCCAGCGAUGGAGCGACGGCGACUGUCACCAGUGUCCAAAGUGUAACAAAAGAUUCCCCGUGAAGCCAGAGUUCUCCACAAACGAAGUCAUGGAGGAAAUGUCGGUCCAACUAAAGAGACGGAAAACCGAGGCACUCGAAAGCGAAAACGCUCCGUGGCAGGUGAAGUGCGACGUGUGCGCGGAUUUGAGGUUCAAGGCGUCCAAGUCGUGCCUGGUGUGUCUGGCGUCGUACUGUGACGGACACCUGGAGCCUCACCGGAGGGUCCCCGCCCUGAUGAGACACAAGCUGGUGGAUCCGCUGGAGAACCUGGAGGGGAAGGUUUGUGAGAAGCACGCCAGGAUCCUGGAGUUUUUCUGCCGGCGGGAACAAGCGUGUGUCUGUCUGCUGUGCUGCGAAGCAGAACACAGAGACCACGAGACGGUACCUGUUGAAGAGGAGGGGGCUCUGCAGAAAGAAAACCUUGAAUCCAAACGAGCAAAAAUCAAACUUAUGAUCGACGAGAGAAUGAAAAAGAUAGAGGAAUUUACCUUGUCAUCAGAAAUGAGAAACGUGAAAGCAGACAAACAAACUGAGGACGCUGAGAAGCUAUUCAGUAACCUGAUGGGCAGAGUGCAAGAGAUUCGAAGCAAACUGCAGUCAAACAUCGAGAAAAAAUUGGAAAAAUCCAAGGAAAAAGUCCAGUUGAUGAUUGAGGAGCUGGAAGAAGAGGUGGCAGCUCUGCAAAGGAAACACUUGCAACUAGAGGAACUGUUACAAAGCGAAGACCACUUUCAACUUCUACAGACUUUGCAGACUCUGAACAGCAUGUCUGAGAUGAAGGACUGGUCCAAGACCAAGGUUUACCCAGACGUCUGCGUCCAAACAGUGAGGAGAGCCAUGGAUCACCUUAUGACCAGUUUUCAGACCGAACUGAAAACGCUGACAACCAUCGAACUGACCAGAAUCAGACAAUACAAAGAAUCUGUCAUUUUUGAUGACUCCACAGCCGGUCCCGGUCUUAGAGUGUUAGAGUACGGGGAACGUCUAAAGUUCUACAAAGAAGCCCGGUCACCAUCUUAUGAGUUCGAAAGGUUUGACUUACCCAUGGCUUUUGGGAAGAUUGGCUUCACCUCCGGUCGGCACUACUGGGAGGUCCAGGUGGGCCUGAGAAACAACUGGCAUGUCGGUGUCGCCCUGGAAAUGGUGGACAGAUCAGACGAUGUAAUCGUGAAAAAAGAAAAUGGGUUCUUUUCCGUGGGGAAGUCUGGCUUUGAUUACUAUGUUCACUGCUCACCACAGAGAGUUCUUCAUCUCAGCACCCGGCCGAGGAACAUGGGGAUUUAUCUGGACUACGAGGAAGGACGGGUGUCCUUCUACGACCUUGACGAGAGGUUCCACAUUCACUCUUACGUGGGAGAAAGCUUCACAGGGAAGGUUUUCCCUUACUUCUACCUGCACAGCAAAUCAAAGAAAUCUGAGGCGUUAGUUACUAAUCCCUACUUGUCCUCAUUCAGUCUUUCACGAUCCAGUUGA